AUGGAGAACAUCAAGUGCAUCUAUUAUGUUGCAGUGUUGUUUGUUCACCAUUUCAUGUCUAGCUUAGCUAUGCCUGCCAAAAACUUAACCACAGAUCAAUCUGCUCUUCUUCAAUUCAAAACACAUAUCACUUCCGAUCCUUACCGUCUGUUGGCGGAUAAUUGGUCCAUUUCUAAUCCAGUCUGCCGAUGGGUUGGAAUUUCUUGUGAUGCUCGCCAUGGAAGAGUCAAAACCUUGAAUCUUUCAUCAAUGGAGCUUGGAGGCACCAUUCCUCCGCACCUAGGUAAUCUCUCAUUCCUAGUGAAUCUUGACCUUGGUGACAAUAAUUUCCAUGGCCAUCUGCCCAAUGAACUGGGACAAUUACGCCGAUUGAGAGGCUUUUCUAUCGGCAACAACAAAAUAAGUGGAGUUGUUCCAACAUGGAUCGAUAGCUUAUCUAAAAUCCACUUUUUGUAUCUUUAUAAUAACAGUUUCACCAGUACCAUCUCGCAUUCUCUCUUCAAUUUAACAACACUAGAGGUCUUGAGUCUACGAGGCAAUAAUAUUGAAGGAAGCAUAUCGUCAGAGAUUGGGAAGCUCACCAAUUUGAAAAUUUUCGACAUGGCAAGAAACCACCUUUCAGGCACCAUGCCUUGGAGUAGCAUGGGCAACAUUUCCUCAUUACAUAGUCUUAGUUUAACCAACAAUAGCUUGUUUGGCAGUCUACCCAAUGAUAUUUGCAAUCGUCUUCCAAACCUUGAAUUUCUUUCUUUAUCCAUCAAUGGACUUUCUGGUCAGCUUCCGGCGAGUUUAUGUGAUUGCAGCAAGCUUCAUACAUUGUCAUUGUCGUAUAAUAAAUUCACAGGACACAUACCAAAUGCUAUUGGAAAUUUGAGUAAGCUUAUCCAUUUAUUUCUUAGUGACAACAACCUAGCAGGUGAAAUUCCACAGGAGAUUGAUAACUUGCAAAGUCUACAGUUUCUAGCUCUGGGUUCCAAUAGUUUAACUGCUGGUCUCCUCCCGUCAAGCAUCUUCAAUAUUUCUUCCUUGGAGUUAAUUUAUCUUGCCAACAGUGGCCUAUUCGGUAGUCUCCCAGCGGAUAUCUGUAAUCAUCUUCCAGCACUCCAGUACCUUUAUCUUUCUCGUAAUGUGAUCAGCGGCACUAUUCCAAAGACUAUCAACAACUGUACUGCUCUAGAAAUUUUUGAUUUGAACGAAAAUCGCCUGACAGGUGAAAUUCCAGACGAGAUUGGGAAUUUGCAGAGUCUACAAUACUUGCUCCUAGGUUCCAAUGGCUUAACUGGUAUAAUUCCAGCAUCAAUCUUCAAUAUUUCAACCAUAGCAGAAAUUGAACUAGAACAGAAUAACCUUUCGGGCUGUCUACCAUCAAGCUUUGGCCAAUGGCUUCCGAAUCUCGUGCGUCUUACCACAGGAGGAAAUAAACUUACUGGAACAAUCCCCAACUCCAUCUCCAAUGCUUCCAAACUCACUUUCCUAGAUCUGAGCGGAAACUCAUUUUCUGGCCUUUUUCCAAAUACAUUUGGCAACUUGAGACUCCUUGAAUAUCUUGGCCUUGCGGAAAAUAACUUGACCACAGAAUCUCCUAAUGCAGAAUGGAGCUUUCUCUCUUCUUUGACAAAUUGCAGAGAAUUAGAAAAUCUUUACUUAGAUUCUAAUCCAUUGUAUGGUGUCCUUCCCCUUUCAAUUGGGAAUAUAUCUGCAAAUCUUCAAUAUUUUAGAGCAAGCAAUUGCAAGAUCAAGGGCAGCCUUCCUGCAGAAAUUGGUAACUUACAUAGCUUGUUGGUUUUAGACAUUUCGAGGAAUGACUUGAAUGGAUCUAUUCCAACAACUGUGGGAAGAUUACCCAACCUUCAAGGUCUAAGCCUAAGAAAUAACAAUUUGCAGGGAUCCAUUCCAUAUGAGCUUUGUAACUUAGAGAAUUUCUACGAAUUAUACUUAAGUUCCAAUAAUCUCUCUGGACGCAUACAACUGUGCUUGGUGAGAUUGGUCUCUCUAAGAUAUCUUUACUUAGACUCCAACAAAUUGACUUUUGAUAUACCGUCGUCCUUAUGGAGUCUUAAGGACAUCUUGGAAGUAAAUCUGUCAUCAAAUUCUCUAAGUGGUUCCCUCUCUUCAAACCUACAAAAUUUACAUGUCAGAGUUCUAGAUUUAUCAAAGAAUCAAUUAUCAGGUAGUAUUCCUGUCACUCUCGGGCACAUUGAAACUCUAGAAACUCUAUCUUUGGCUGACAAUAAAUUUGAAGGGCAUAUCCCUACCACAUUUGGCACUUUGAUAAGCUUGGUAUCACUAGAUCUGUCAAACAAUAGUCUGUCGGGUGAAAUUCCUAAGUCAUUAGAGUUGCUUUCAUUUCUCAAAAACUUCAAUGUGUCUCUUAAUAGGUUAGAAGGAGAAAUUCCCACCAAAGGACCUUUCAGAAACAUUUCAGCUCAAUCAUUUUUGUUAAAUCAUGCAUUAUGUGGAUCACCAAAUCUAGGCGUACCUCUGUGCAAGGGUGGCACCAUCAAACGAUCAAAGACAACCACUACACUUGUAGUUUUGGCUCAGUAUUUAAAGGGAUACUUUCAGAUGGGAGUAAUGUUGCGAUAA